AUGUCGGCCUCACAGAUCCCAAACCUAUUACAUUCCCGAGGAGGACCUCGCAUCAGAGGAAGUCGAGGGAGGGGCCUCUCCCGUCGUGGAGGCAGAGAAACCGGUGUACAGCGCAAAGACCUGGCUAUUCAAUCAACAGACACCGAUGCAGCUGUAUCGCGACUUAGCGCUGUUUCCCUUGGAUAUCUCGAGGACCCUAUCGCGACUUACUUUGUGAGCGGUGAUGGUACAAGGCGAAUGCCCAUCAUCAAUAGAGGGACCUAUACUCGUACAGCAGCUCUCGAUAUCCUCAUAAAUGCUUUCCUCGCUCAUCCAGACCCAGAGUCGAUACCGCAGACCAAGCAGAUAAUAUCUCUGGGUGCAGGUACGGAUACACGGUAUUUCCGGUUGCGGUCCAAGAAUAAACAUCACAGUCUCGUCUACCACGAGUUUGAUUUCCCCUCCGUAUCUACGAACAAGAGGCGAAUCGUGUCAAAUAACAGAUUACUUGUGAACAAUGAGGACGAGGUAUUAUUUCCAGAAUUCAAAAUUGGCACACUCGGGUCGCCAGAGCCAGAUACAGAGUGGGGGGUUACACGUACUCAAGGUGCCACACCCGAAAUCACAUACUGUUUUCACCCCAUGGAUUUGCGGCAUCUUCCACAAGUUAAAGAAGCGCAGGAAAUUCGUGGCUUACAACGAGAUAUACCAACCUUAAUAAUCUCUGAGUGCUGUUUAUGUUAUUUCGAGGUGGAAACUGCGAGAGAUGUGGUAAAGUGGUUUGCGGACAGGAUAUCGUCGCUUGGUCUGGUCUUAUAUGAGCCAAUCAGCGCCAAUGAUUCCUUUGGAAGAGUUAUGGCAUCGAACUUAGCUUCCAGGGGUAUCACAAUGCCGACCUUGGAACACUACCAGACUCUUGCUGAUCAGAAAUCUCGGCUAGUCAAUCUGGGCUUCAAAGAGGGAGCCGAAGAGGGCGGCCAGGAGGCGGAAACAAUUGAGAAUAUUUGGCAAAAUUGGGUGCCGAGCACAGAAAAGCAGAGAGUGGACGCACUCGAGGGAUUGGAUGAAGUUGAAGAGUGGCAGAUGCUGGCAAGGCAUUACUGCGUUGCAUGGGGCUGGAGAGGAAGUGUAGGAUGGGAUGGCUGGGCCGGACUGAGGGAUUGA